AUGUUAGAAACGGACAAAUUACUUAAAGAAUUAACUAUUGAUGAGAAAAUUAAUUUAUUAGCUGGUUAUGACUUCUGGCACACUUAUGCAAUUCCAAGAUUAGAUAUACCUUCAAUAUCAGUUAGUGAUGGUCCAAAUGGUGUUAGAGGUGUUAAAUUUUUCAAUGGUGAGCCAUCAACUUGUUUUCCAUGUGGUACUGGUUUAGCUGCUAGUUUCAAUAAAGAAUUAAUUUUGAAAUGUGGUGAAUUAAUGGGUAAAGAAGCCAAAUUAAAGAAAGUAAAUCUAAUCUUAGGUCCAACUUGUAAUAUUCUAAGAUCUCCAUUGGGUGGUAGAGGGUUUGAAAGUUAUUCUGAAGAUCCAUAUUUAUCGGGUAUUAUUACAAGUUAUUUAGUUGAAGGUAUCCAAAAGGAAAACAUCUUAGCUUGUUUAAAACAUUUUGUUUGUAAUGAUCAAGAGAAAGAUAGAAAGAUAGUUAAUGUUAAAUUAACAGAUAGAUCAUUUAGAGAAGUUUAUUUGAAACCAUUUCAAUUAGCUAUUAAAAAUUCAAAUCCUGGUAGUUUAAUGAUUGCUUAUAAUAAAGUUCAAGGUGAAUAUAUUAGUGAAUCAAAGUCAAUAAUACAAGAUAUUGUAAGAGAUGAAUGGAAAUAUGAUGGUUGUUUAAUGUCAGAUUGGUUUGGUACAAAUUCUGCUAAAAAGGCAUUAGAUGCUGGUUUAAAUUUGGAAAUGCCAGGUCCGACAAUACAGCGAACAAAAGCUCAAAUUGAUGAUGAAAAGGUAUCAGAAGAUGUUAUCAAUGAAAAUGUAAAAUAUGUAUUGGAUAUGGUUAAAAAAGCUGAAAAAGUUAAUUUCGAUGAGGAGAUCGAUGAAUCAGACUCAUUAGCAGUUGCUCGACAAAUUGGAGAUGAAUCAAUUGUUUUAUUAAAAAAUGAUGAAAAAACUUUACCAUUGUCUAAAAAUGUCAAAUCAAUAGCUAUAAUAGGACCAAACGCUAAAGCUUCCCAAGAGUCAGGUGGUGGUUCAGCUACGUUACCAACCAGAUAUAAAACUACUCCAAUUCAAAGUAUAAAAGAAAAAUUAUCCAAAGCUACAGAGAUUUUUUACGAACAAGGUUGUCAAUUAGAUAAGAAUGUUCCAGAUAUUGGUCCACUUUUAAUUGAUGAAUUUGGUAAACCUGGUGUAUCUGCGAAUUUCUAUCAUGAACCAGAAACUACAAAGGAUAGAAAACCAUUUGAGACCAUUAAUUUGAAUACUUCACAAAUCUUUUUAGCUGAUUUCAAAUCUCCACAAUUACCAGUAGACCAAGCAUUGUAUUAUGUUGAAUUUAUUUCGUAUUUUACUCCUGAUGAAACUGCGGAAUAUGAAUUUGGUUGUUCUACUUUAGGUACUGCUGAAUUAUUUGUAAAUGAUAGAUUAUUAAUUGAUAAUAAAACAAAACAAGUUAAAGGUGAUGCAUUUUUCUUAGCUAUGGGUACAAUUGAAGAAAAAGGUUAUAUACAUUUAAAUAAAGGUGAAAAAUAUCAAAUUAAAAUAUUGUUUGGAACUACACCAACUAAUAAAUUAGGUAUAAACAGAGCAGAAAGCGGUGGUGUCUAUUUUGGUUGUAGGAAAAGAGCAAAACCAGAAGAAGAUUUACAAAAAGCAAUUGAAUUGAGUAAAAAAGUAGAUUAUGUUAUUUUAUGUGUUGGUUUAUCUAAAGAAUGGGAAACUGAAGGUACUGAUAGAACAACUAUGAAUUUACCAGGUAAUUCAAAUAAAUUAAUUGAAGGAGUUUGUCAAGCUAAUAAAAAUGUUAUAUUGAUUAAUCAAUCAGGUACUCCAAUUACAAUGCCAUGGGUUAAUUUACCUAAAGCUAUAGUUCAUGCAUGGUAUGGUGGAAAUGAAUUAGGUAAUUCAAUUGCAAACGUAAUAUUUGGUGAUGCUAAUCCAAGUGGUAAAUUGUCAAUGACUUGGCCAAAAAAGUUAGAAGAUAAUCCAUCGUACUUACAUUUUGGAUCAAACAAUGGUCAAGUAUGGUAUGGCGAAGAUGUAUUUGUGGGAUACAAAUAUUAUGAAAAAGUGAAUUUGAAACCUUUAUAUCCCUUUGGUUUUGGUUUAUCAUAUACAGAAUUUGAAAUAUCAAACUUAAACAUUAACAAGAAAGAUGAUAAUUUGGUAGUUACUGUGGAUGUAAAGAAUAUAGGUGAUGUAGAGGGUUCUGAAGUUGUCCAAGUUUAUAUUGCUCAAAGCAAUCCAAAAGAGGUCAGACCAGUUAAAGACUUGAAAGAUUUUAACAAAGUAAACUUGAAACCUAAUGAAACAAAAUCAGUUAAAUUUGAGAUCUCGAUCAAAGAAGCUACUUCAUAUUGGAAUGAAUCAAUCAAUAAAUGGCAAUCAGAUAAAGAUGAAUUUAAAGUUUUUGUUGGUAACAGUUCAGACAAUAUAUCAAUCGGAGGUACUUUUAAUACAGAAGCCACUUUUACUUGGCUAAGUGUAUAG